AUGGAGGCGCCCGGGGGUCAAUUAACCAUCGCGCGGCUUGAAAUUCGGCGCUUUUGUCUCCAACCAGAGGAAUUAGUGCAGCGUUGCGCCCAGCCAAGCGCCGGUAGUGUUGGCGGUUCUGUACAGCUUUAUGUUUCAUUCACCACUCCGCGUGGUGUAGAGAUAAGUCUGCAAGGGGUGGCCGCCAACCAACAAACCGAUGAGAAGGGCGUAAGGCGAGUUCAGUGCGCAGCAAAUACAAACCUCAUGGAUGUUUCUUUUGUUGUGACACAACUCAAAACAGACGGGAUCCAGAAAGAUGGGUGUGAAUCCGUAAAGAGUGUUAUGUGUCAGGUUUGGUAUAGUCGAGCAGAGCAGCAGGAACAAGUUAUGAAAGGAGGAGGGGGAGAGGCUAAACUCCCCGUUAACAAUCUCGUGGAUGGAGACUGGUCGUCGUUUGAAGAUUCGCCUCCUUCCUCAAUAACAGCGUUGCCACAUGUUGAGGACGAAGAAAAGUUGGAGGAGAAAGCACCGGCGGCAGUUGAGUCGCAUUGGGAGGUUCUUGCAGAUGUCAGUCUUGAAAUUAUGAAAUAUGGUGUACAAACGGUCAAUUUUGCGAUGGGGGAUGUGGCAAAGGAGUACACUAGCGCGUCACUGCAAGCUUCGAUAUUCAUAGAGCCGAAGUUGCUUGCGGUAGAAAUAGAGGAAGCAGCUGCUCCACUCGCAACUAAACCUCCAGUUGAGACAACGCAACCGGGGUUACCGCCGGACAACAAUCCCUUAUCACUGGAUCACGGGACGGCUCCCUCGACAGGAUUUGCUGAGGAACGUUGUGGUGAAGCUACCUCUGCUCCUUCUGGUAGAUCCACUGCUGUCGGUACCGGUGAGGCACCAGUUUGUGGAGCGGGCGUGGUAGAAGUGCCAAAGGGAAAUAUGGAGGCAGCCACUCAAGAACAGGCAGAUACAAUGGUUGUUGUGCUUGCGGAGCAGCCGAAACAUAUGGGAGCACGAUGGCUACUACUACUAGAUAUGUCCCGAUGGGAUGAUUGUGAACCUAACGGUAGUGAUGAACUUAAACAAGAAAAAGUAAAUGUUGCCACCCAAGGUGCUGGUGAUGCCACUAGCCGGAGUGUAGUUGAGGGUGGCAUUCUGUUCCGGUUGGUGUUGUGUGGGGCGGAUGCGAACGUGUUAGCGUAUGGUUCUCCGUUCAGUGGGUCAUUGUGUCGCACCAGUGGUUGGAGCGAUGCCUUGCUGGCUGUCGGUGACGACAUAGUUGCUUGUUCCGUUGUCUCUGUAAAGCUUCAGAUGUUCAACCACAAUGCGAUGCCUAACUGCCAGACCGAUGCGGAGGCGACCGCUGAACCCUUACAGCUGAAUAACACGUCGCGUGAAGCGGCGAAGGCAUGGGUGACAGUAGCUUCCUCUCAACUUGUGCCGAUUGCUUCACUAUUAGCUUCACUGAAGGAGUCCUCGAUGCUCCCGAUACCGUUGACUGCGGUGGACCUCCCAAGUGCCGUAGCACCCCCGACCGAGUUCGUGUCUGUGAACAGAGGGCAAACGAUAAGUGCGCAAGCGAGUUUAGUUAGGGUUCCAGCUGUUGUCGGUGAAACAAAAAGUGUUAGACAUUGGAUGAAGACAAUCAGGAUCGCAACGGACUGCUUCUUCAGGAAAUCGUGUCAAACACUCGACACAGUCGCACCUCCAAGUGAGAUUAGUCUGCCAAAGGAAUGUGAGUGGAAACAAAGUGGAACGGGGUGGAUGUGCUCCGUUGAACUGAAUGUGUCUGCGGUGGUGCUACAAAAGGUGGUUCCUUACGUUGAUGCGGGUGCAGCGUGGCCUGUAACAGCGCUUUCCGUUUCUGGUGGUUGCGAAAUACUCCUUGAGGAAACUAAAAUGAGUGAUAUUUUCUUCAGUGCCUACACCGACAACGAGUGGUCCGAGACCCGACGCAGUCCAGUUUCCCAUUUUGACACCGUCGUUCAAGCCACGGUUAACGAGACGCAUCCCGUGGUUUUAAUUACGUUGCACAGUUCAGUAUCACAGGAAGUGCUGUUUGGUCACGCAGUUUUUGCUCCCCUUGGGUUAAGGCAGGAUGUAGGUCACGUGUGGUUACCAUUACAAUAUAAGAACCACAUUGGAUACCAUAAGCAUGGUGAGGACGACAGUUCCCCCACUGUAGGGUGGGUUCACUGUAGUUACAUUUGUGUGUUCUCUAGUGCGGGCGCCAGUUCUUCCUCUGUGACCGCGGGAAAUGAGGAGGUUCUUCAGCAACCUGUCCUGUUUCCCUCUCCAUUGUCAGUGCCCAAGUACAUCGCGUCCCCUUGUCUUACACCCGCUCUGCGAUGGAAUUCGAUAGAGGUGUGUAUUGUGAAGGCAAGCGACCUGCGUAUUGACGUGAAUUCAUCAUCGCGUUGCAGUGACGGUAAGGGCGGAAACGAUGGCGGCGCUGGUGGAAAUGUUGAGGGUUUCCUCCACGCUAGUGUGCAGCUUCUUCCCAAGUCUGACCUCAACCCGUUUGUUACUCCCGCUGCUUCUUACGAGUACCCUCACUGGAAUUCCACGUGCAGAGUAGGCAUUGCGGCAGCUGCAACACAUCUGAUCGUGCAGGUCCUUGUUGGUGACGGACGUGGCGGCGAAGGCAAAUCUGUUGGAAUUGUUGAUAUUACCCGCGUUGCCACUUCAGGUUUCUGGACUACAGCUUCGUGCGAUGGGGUGUGGUUGCCUCUGGUUUCCAACCACUCUUCAGGUGGCGAACGCCGUUACUGCGGUUCUCUGUUUAUCCGCUGGUCAUUUGGCUGCGUUGGAGAUCUGCCUAAAGAGGUCGUUAUCGGUAUGGGCGCUGCGCUGCGCCCUACGUGGAGCAACGUCGGCCUCCCCAGUGCCUCCACUGCCCACAACAAUCGGUUUGACAGGGGCCACUGGUUACGGUUGGAACGUGUGGAGGUACAAUUACCAUGGAGGUUGUGGCACAUGGGGCGUCAUUGUGAGGCACGGUGGAGGGAGGUUCUUGGCCUCAAACCCACGGAUAUGUUGCCGGACAUAACUCUUCGGCUACAAUCAGGAGAUUUUACACACGAAUCAAACUUGGUGCUGCUGUCCGCGGGUGGUUUCGGUUUUUGUCUGCGUGAAGCUGUUUUCCUUCCACUAACCGAUAACUUUAACGUGGUUGUGUGCUUUCGUUACCACGGAAAUACACUUGCCUCUGAGACGCCUGGUGGAAAGACAACCGCCGGGAGUGAAAUUUGUAACACAGUCACUGUGGCUGAAGGUGAAUUGUCUCUUUCUGCGCAAGACCGCGUAGAUCUUCUCACUUACCGUCAGCAGCAAUCGUGUCGCCGCAUAUUCAUGAGGGUACAUCCCCGGUCGAUUUCGCCACAUUUUAAUAUUCCUUUUGGUUUGCUUACCGCUGAGGUUACUUCUUCAGUUAUUAAACGAAACGACGAGAUCCGCUGGACUUGGCCUCAACCACAUAUCGCUGCGUCAGUGGAAUUGCAACUUGGAAAAGUUUUUUCCUUGCGGCGCCACGAUUCAAAGGACUGGCUUCCCGCUACUGCGAAUGCGGCGUCUCCUCGAUGGAUCGUAAAUGUUAGAGAAACGGGGUCCGCGUGCCCGGAACAAGAGGGAAGUAAUAAGGAACGGGUAACGGGUAUUUUGUUCGGUGCUUCACCCAGGGCGGCUGUUCUUCGUGGUGGAUGCAGCACCCGCAGUAGUGCAGUGAGUAACUUCGGCGGGCUAAGUUCCCAACACACAGGAGACGCUGCAGAGAAAUUGUACUUGCAUUGGCCACCCGCACCGCCGGGCGCUGAUCACAGACGACGCCCGCCACCUCCGACUAUCGAGCUUUUGCUUUCUCGCAUAGUGGAUAAUGACGCUGUGGACGUUGGUGGUGACUCGAAAGCCGCACCGAAAAUUGAGAAGGAAAGUACCGUGAACGUGGGGGUCGUGACGCUCAAUUUGGCCAGGUGCUUUUCAGAUUCCUCUGGGUCUAGCUUAUAUGAAUUGCACCACCCGCAAACGCCACCGACGGUGGCGGAAGGAAGACCUCCAACGAUCGGUUACGUGGAGCUGCACUACCUUCAUAACUUUGCACAAGAUAACAACACAAACCGUGGUGGACAGGAAACGGACAAGGUUGAGCAGGAGCAGCAUGACAGAUGCAGCAGACAUUCACUUCUGUUGCUGACUGUGGUUGGAGCACGAUACAGGGAACGUGGGCAAAUUUCAGCAGCCCCGGUGAGGUCGCAGCGUGAUGGAAAGGAGGGUGUGUCGGUGAAAACGAUACUAACAUCCUUCGUUGUCGGCGUAGGGCACAUGUCAUGGCAUACCUCAAAGGAAGUGGGUAUGACCCCUCACUUUGGCAGUACGAUGCUGUUUGAACGUCCAUAUAGUCAUACCGGAGAGGACGCUGAUGGUGAACGCAAUGUUGUAACUGUUCGACUGCAGAUGCUGGCAGAAUCGUCAAGUAGGGCGAAGUUAGGCUCCCCCGAUCGUGAAGUGGGUGGGAAACAAAAGACAUGUUUGCGAGGGGAGCAGAAAGAGGCUGAGAUGCUUCCCACAUCAUUUGCUCUCCUUCAUCUCAACUGGGACACUGUCCCUGCCGCUGUAAUGGAGAGAAUGAGAGGCUGUUGGCUUCCUCUGUUCACAGCUGCAGCGCAAAUUGAUGGCUCAUACCAUCUUUCCGGAGAAGUGCUCGUCCAGUGGAGUUGGUUUGAUCCCUCUUACGGAUUUUGGCGGUAUGCGCUUCCUCUCUCCGUCAAUCAAAUAUCACCAAUGGAUUGUACAAUGGCAAGUGUCCCACAAAUGUUGGCUGCAUCGGAGGACCACGUGGAGACACCUGCAUCCUCAUUCCCAUCCUACUUGUCAAUUUAUAUUGAUGAAUUUACCUUUUCCCAUAACGUUGUUGUUGAGACACCGCGGAAAGAUACACGAGUAUCGCUUAUCGUAAGCGUUUGCGUGAAUGGGGAAAGGGGACCGCUCAGCCCGCCGUCUCUUACUGCUUCAUCUUGGACGCUUCGGUGCACGGAGGGAGAGGCAGAUUCCCUAAAAGUUUGUUAUGGAGACUGUACCGGCGCAACUCCCUUCGAGACCGAAGGGAAACGCAGCAGGUGGAGAGAAAGAUGUAUACUUCCCUUUUGUUUUCCUGGCGAUGCACAGCAACAGAUAUCUUUUCAACUGCGUCACGGCUGGAGUCCGUUCAGUACGGUUGGCGAGGGAUGGUUAAGUUGGAAGGGCACGCCAUCACAGGGGACUUAUGCUGUUCCUAUCUUUGUAAGCGAUGCAAGCUGCCGCAACAGCAGUGACGAUUACCAACGGUGCGGCGUUUUGAUGGUGUCCGUUGAGCAGGGGCCGCUUCAUUUGAACUCAAUGCAGGUAACUACCACUGUCCCACCUCCCUCAUCCAAUGAGGAAGUGCAAUUCGAUGAUGGGAAAGGCCCUCAGCGUAAGGAAAAGCACAGUGGAAAGCAUGAGGACCAUCACGCGACGGUGGAUGGCAAUCCUUCAUUCAUUGUAUUGGUGGAUCUACGUGUGGACUCAGUUGAGGUUGACGGGUGGAACGUCCUCCCUGAUGAUGGUAACUGCCUGGAGUUGGUGGUUUUGGGAGAUGCUCUGUAUAACAACGGUAAAUCAAAACAAACAGUACGGUUGGAAACGGCAUGUUCUCCUUUCGACGGUGGCGCAACCGGUUGGCAAGGUCUGAUUUGCGUGCAGAAUUCGUCCGAGCUCGAAGUGCACCUCUACCGAAGGACUCAAACGGUGCCGGGUAACUCUGUGGAAAAGAGUGUGAGACAUCGCAUGAUAAGUGGUCGGUUUGUGUUAAAUCUUUUGCCGUCCGAGGAUGGGGGUCUCUGCAGCAACUCCCUCUGCGUCGAGUUGCGGCAACGUCCCAUGCGCCCCAUGACUGCAGACGGCAGUGGCAGUUGGAACUACCCUGUGGGGCAAAUGCACGUGACAUGCCGUCCGCUCUUGCACUCUGGUGUGCUGUACGACCCGCGUAAUGUGUUUUUUCAGCGACAUCUGGGAGUAGAGUUAUUGAAGCUUAAGGGUGUGAUUCACAUGCAAACUGAAGGUGAACGUGCCCGUGGUCGUAGAAAUAGUAAAAGGGGGAGAGGACCGCUUUCAUAUGUUAGUUUGCACUGUGGUGCGGUGACAGUGAAGUCCCUACCCUUCACUCUUCCUUCUCAUCGACACGGAACCUUCAAAGAUGUUGAAAGUAAUGAUGGAAUUGAUUGUAGUGGUGCAUCCACUCCUCACUUCACUGAGCGACUCGUGUGUUCUCCGAACGGUGCUACCGAAGUACGCGUUUCGUUGUAUCUGGAAAACGAUGCGAAGGAACGGAAUGACAAUGCUGUUGAAGCGUCUCCCAUUCACAACCCCUCGGAGACUGGAAAUGCAGAGGAUGAUGAGGUUUACUAUACCAAUGUAUGUCUGCCUGUUGGUGAAGGGGCUGUGAAAAUUCGUGCACCCUCACGUGACGAAGAUGGGUUCAAGAGCGGGGAGGUAAUUCCAAAAGAUAUAUGGGUACCGUUCAAUAGCGCAGAUCCCGGGAGAAACAUUUCUGCACUGCUACGGUAUAAGUGGUUCCAAAAAGUUACAUUUGGUACAUGGCUUUCGUGCAUUGGCUGGCGCUGCACCUCCGCACCUUUACACCGGCCAUCGCUAAUCUUUAGACUCCGAUUUCUGGGUGGUGAGUUGUGCAGUUUGCCACUUGAUUUGUUUGAUCGAGAUUUGCCGGAGCAGGAACCGACGUCGCGACACUGCACUGUGGCUGCUACGGCCGUCAAUGUGGUGCCUUCGCUAAGUAGUCACUGGAGUUUCUCAUACAUUCAACUUCCAACCAUCUGGCCCUUGGGUGGUCGAGUCGAGCGUGUGGAGCUGCACGACUGUGUUACCGAUGGUUUCUCGCUGUUGUUGGGGGUCCAUGAGUGGGACGCGGUGGACACCCAACUCCUCACUGAGUUGGAGGGGCCUACGGUUAGCCAUGAUUCCCUCGAGGCAGUUGGAAAGUUUCCCUCGGCGUCCGGUGCCGGGCAUUGGCUUUCAUUUGGUGAACAUGCGCUCCUCUUCGCGCGAAGCCGCCGUCCGCCAGUGCCAACGCGGUCGAAACGUUUGUUCGUGCCCUUCUGUUGGUGGCCAGUGGUUGCGGAGUUUCACCUCGGCAGUCUCGAUUGUAGUGGCGGAACGGUGGAAGCGGGAAGGUUAGCCAUAAGUUGUGAGGUCAUCCUCGGGCGGUGGCACAAGAACGGGUGGGUGUGGGAGGAAAAUUCACCGACUACACGAGAAGCCUAUGCCUCGCAAGUAACUGUGGAUGCUUGCGCCGCUGCAGUUCAGGCCACUUGGCGUUGUGAUGCAUUUGAUGAAGAAACUUUCAUUCGACAGUUUUCCGUCGAUGAACUGCGACAGGGACGUGAGCGUUAUGCCGUACGAACGAAGCUCGUUUGUAGUGUCGUGCCCACAUGUAGAUUUUCCGGCUCCGAGACUCCUUCCAGUGACGAACAACGUGAGACGCCUACUACCACUUACGUGCUUGAAGCUGUGUCGGCUGUGGAUGAUCAUCUCGCCAACACCAGCGGCAGGGUAUCCCUGAAGUUGGCUGAAUGUGGGGCCCACGUGAACGAAGCGACUGCUGGUGCAAAAGUUGAGGGUUCUCUUACUCUCGCAUGGUCUCUAAAACAUGAUGAAUUGGCGCUUGAAGGAACAAAGGGGGAAUCGACGAAAGUCGGGAGGAUCCUCCACCAACGUAGCGUCUCGGGUAAGUCAAAUGGUAAAGAUAGGGAGGAAAAGGAAACUUCGAAGGUCACGAAGGAGUUACUGCCUGAGUGGGAAGUGGUGUCUGUCGAAGUACGUAACCUAUCCGUUGUGCAGGAUCCUUCACGACAAGCACCAGAGAAACGUGAAAGUUUCGAUGUGCCGGUUGUGGUCCAGUUACUCGCAUCUGAGCGGAGAAGGCAUAAUAGAGAUGGUGAAGGUGGAGCACAAAGCCCUGAGUCACGAAAGAAGAAAUCGACGUCACCCCGCGUGUCAAGUGUCUUUGCUUUAGCAUCUACUAACGCCACACCAGCGCCAGGCGUGAGGCAGUCCUUGUUAAGAGCCAACAUUACACCGAAUUGGCGUCUAGAGGCACACGAGUGGUCGGACCAUCGGAAGGUGUUAAUGAUGUCACUCUGGCAGAUGCUUCCAGGAAGUGAUGCUUGUGCCUAUGCGCUGGGAUCGUUACGGCUUGACUCCGUAGUUCGUAGCGCUUACGAGCAAUUUUCUUCAGGGACGCCGGUAGCUGAAGCAGCAAGGGGUUUAAAGGAAGGAACGUCCCUGGAGCAGGACCUGGUGGUAACAGAUUGGCUUCCACUCAAACGGAGCGAUUUGCUGCAGGAGUAUUGGGGCCUUGCGAGGCUGCAGUUGCGGCCCAAUGUAAAAGCGGCAACGGUGGCUGACGCAUCUGAGAAAAAUAUGUCGCGUGUAUACGAGCACCUCCCCAUUUGCAUCGAGCUGCUCAGCGCGAGCAUAGAUUCAGCUGAAGACGUGAGUAGGUAUGUACAAGAAGGUCGGCUGGGACUUCUAUUUGUCCCUGGAUGCAGAGACAGAAAGGAAGGACGUCCUUUGUACAGUUCGACUCUUUUAUGUAAAGCAGAAAGAGAGGUCAACGCGGAGCGUGAGAUAAAGGGGCAUGGGGAAAAAACAGCCGAAGGUGAAAAUCAGGAUGGAAACUUUUCGUGCUCUCUUAUGGCGACCACGUCAAUCCACACUUUGUUGCUUAGUGGAGAAGUGCAGAGUGGUCAACCUGCAUCAGUUGACGGCGAUUGGCUAGGGCUUUUCGUUUUCUUAAUUGAUCGUGCACAUGAGGGUGAGAGGAUAAAAAAUAAACACUCCUCCCAGCUAGUGGAAAUUGUAGGAAAGGGGGACUGGGGUGAUGUCCUAGCGGUGCAGCGUUUGCAUGUUGGUCAAAUUCCGAAGGAUCAGCCCCGUCUGUCUCUGUUUGGGGAAAGCAAAGAAAACGCACCGACAUUCCUAUCUGGUGAAGUUACUGCAACGUUUAAUUGCGAAUCAUUUAGUGUAUCGCUUCGGCUGCAUAUUGUUAUGCUUCCCCAAGCAACAGAAGCCGUUUCGACCGGUGUUGGAUCUAUGUCUGAUGUGGGUGGAACAUCUCCACAACCGUUGAGGGGAAACUCAGUUUUUCACUGCAUUGCAGAAGGACACGGAGAGGAAAACAGCUUAUUAGGCAACGACGGUGUACUUUGUAUGGUAGAGGGCACUGUCUAUAAGAUAACAGAAGACAGGACAGUUUUCAUGUGGAAUGCGCGGGAUGUGAGCCACGUCCGUCGACCAUCCUCCUGUUCCUCUGGCAAUGCCGUUGCACUUGCCGCAUCACGCGGACGCCCCAGGUGGGUACAAGUCAGUGAAAGCAAGGGGUCUCCGCAACGGCACUCCGGGAAACGGGGGUACGGUCGUUGCAUGGGUCUGACGGUGUGGGCAUACAAGUACGGUAACGACGCAUGCUUCCUCAUCGCGGAGUGCGCGUCACAUCACGUUAUUACUCUGUCUACGUUGCCGAGGCAUGCACCCGAACCACCACCAACGGUUCAGUUACCGCGUGUGAGGAACAGACGGUCCAGGAAGAGGCGAGUCAUCAGCGAGGGAUCCGUUAUUGCUGCUCCCACUCCCCCUUCCUGCGGAUCGCAGCUGCACUGUUACAACCUUCAGCAGCGGCGCUGGAGUGUACUAAAGACAGAAGGAAGUAGCUCUGGAGUAUCCGACAACUGUGGCGCAGCGGCCACGCCCUCGACUAGGCGCAUUUUUCAUUCCACCGUUGAAGUUGAGGGGAAGGUGUGGCUUUUUGGGGGUUGUAAGCUUCGUGGAGAAGUUUGUGGCGCGUCUCUGGAUAGGGUUGGCAUGCGUGUGGCGAAUAGGGUGCUGAUUGCAUCCGAAGCGGCAUUGUCAAAUGAACUUAUGUACCUAGAUCCCAGUAUGCGAGUGUGGCAAAGCGUGCAACCCGUUCCAUCAUGGCAUGAUUUACCGUCUGCCGGUACCGGUCCCUUUCACGGAGUUGCAAGGGUAUCGCUCGGUUUGUUGCCACCCCCUCCUGUAGCGUGCCAUGCAGCCGUACACUGGAUGGGACACAUGUUUGUGUUCGGCGGGCUGUGUGAGUCAUCUUCCAUUAGUGGUAGCCUAGAACCCACUGCAGAACUCUACAUGUUUCACGCAACCCACAUAACUUGGUGGUCACUAUCUCCAAACAAAAGUGCCGAUCUUAGCGGGAGGUUUUUUGAGUGUAAGGGGAAUGGCGGGUGGCCUGCUGCGCGAUAUGGUCACGCUGCUGCCGUCGUACCGGGCCAUCCCCAUGGGGCGUUUCUCAUCUUGGGGGGAGCUAUGAAAGUUGGAAUUGAGUGCUCUUCACAACGCACUAAUGCCUUAGUUGAUUCAGGCCGUUGCGCCCACAGUGAACUUCUUUGGGUGUAUUACCCAGCCCUCGGUUUCUGGCAAAACAUUAGUGUUCCGCUGGGCGUCCCACUGACGCGGCGGGCCUUCGCAUCAUUGCAAGUGGCGCAACUCUCAAGUGCCUCAUGCUCCUUGUAUGCCGUUGUUCUUGACGGAGGGUGUGACGCGGCCCAUGUUGAAACUUGGCUGCAGCGGCGGCGUUCUGAAAAGGAUGAGCAAAAUUUAUUGAAGAAGAAUCUAAACGGGUUACUUGGCGUUGUUUCUGCCUUCGUAAGCGCUCCAUCAUUAGGCACCGCGUGGAUAACAUUGGGGGAGGAGUGCAAGCAGCACAUCCCCAUGACACCCGCGGUAGACGCAUUAUGCGAGUAG